UCACGAAGCAGGAGGCGGGAGUUGUCUAAAUAUUGCCAGGGGUAAUCAUCAGCCUUCUGAGGAAAUACUUUUCACAAGUUCACACAGAGCUUCUCUCAGAUUACAGUUUCCCAGCAGUGCGAUCGCGAGGCAUGGCUUACCCUUACAGCGGAUACGGCGGUCAGAUGCCAGGGGGCCCGAUGGGCUGCCCUCCCCCAGGAUCUUUCCCACCCCAGUAUGGUGCCUUUCCUGGUGCCUUUGCUGCACCCGCUGCCCAAGACCCCAUGUGGGGUUACUUCACUGCCAUAGCCGGACAGGAUGGUGAGGUGGAUGCUGAGGAGCUGCAAAGGUGUUUAACACAGACUGGAAUCACUGGCACUUAUGCUCCCUUCAGUUUGGAGACAUGCAGGAUCAUGAUUGCCAUGUUGGAUAGAGAUUAUUCAGGUAAGAUGGGCUUCAAUGAGUUUAAGGAGCUGUUUGCUGUGCUGAAUGGCUGGAAGCAGAACUUCAUGAUGGUGGACCGAGACAACAGUGGCAGCGUGGAGCCUCAUGAGUUGUCGCAGAGCAUUACUAACAUGGGGUACAGAGUGAGCCCUCAGGCUUUAGGGUGCAUCAUCAAACGCUUUAGUCGGGGAGGCAGGAUCUAUUUCGAUGACUAUGUGGCCUGCUGUGUGAAACUCAGGGCUCUAACAGAGAAUUUCAGGAUGAGGGAUGCCAUGCAACAAGGAACUGUGAACUUCCGUUAUGAUGAUUUCAUCUUGUGCACCAUGUCGAUCUGAGGACGAUUGGACAGACUUCCUGAUUUAUGGAGGAACACAAGUAUUAUUGUGUGUGUGUAUAUAUAACAUUAUAUAUAAAAAAUCUAAAAUGUGCCACAUUUUUAUUAACAGUUUAACGAACAGGAGAUUUGUUCAUUGGUCGAUGAAGAGCUUUUACUGAUGUAAAGCCAUUUGUUGGCAGCUUCUUUAUAAAGGGAGACACCACAUCAAUAAACAUUUUUAAUUUUUUAUUUUGUGCCAACAUAUGCAUUUAACUUGUUAUCCAUCUUUGACACAAUCAUGAUUUAUGUAGAUCUUGUUAAUAAAUUUACAUCGAAAACUGUUAUUCAUAAUGAGCCUGUUUAAUAUAAUGUGUAACUUUUUUUUUUUCUUAAAUGAAUGCGAUUAGUGAUGAUUCUAUUGAAAUGCCAUCUAAGGGUGUGUGGGAAGAAAGACAGAAAAGCACGUGUUCUACAUUACAAGUUAAUUAAUGGGACGAGGCCUCAUUAUAAUUAUAAAAACAAUCAUUUCUUGAGUGUACUUACCUUGGAUACAUACACCAAGUUGCCAUCCAUAUACCUACACGGGAUCAGGACACUUCGUCCAAUGACCAUUUCAUCCAAGGCCUUUUUUAUGCGCACUAUCAAUUAUUUUGUGUGUGUGACAAGAUCAAGAUAUAAACAAACCAUAAUUCAUUUAAGGGAGUGCAUUAAGCAGGUUUAUGACUGCAUCUGCCUGUAAUAAAUGGAAAUUCACAAAAUAUAAACACACCUCCCCACUAAGCUUGUGCUUAAAUUGCAAUGUAUGUACCUCCCACUGUCCAAGAGUGGUAGGAGAUGGAUGCAAGUGCAGAAGUAAUGUUUACUAAUAACUAACAGGUUGCCCAGAUUUUGCAAAAUUCUGGGUUGCCCCCAGAAUUCCAUGUCAAAUUUGGUGAAGAGCCUUCGAGAAAUGGUGAUGUUAACCCAAGACAAACAAAAAUCCAAACAUCCACUACCCAGGAGCCCAAAUAUGGAAUUUCUGAGUUCUGCCCAAUUGUGGUUAUCUCCUGUACCUAUGUGCCAAGUUUAGUGAACCAUCUGUCAAGAGUUUGUGUUGAUAAAUAUAAUGUGAAAGGCAUCGAGGAAGGGGGUGGGUGGAUAUUGUGCCCCCCCAGGGACCUCCCGAGAACCUACUUGCCAAAUUUGGUGAAAAUCCGUCAAGAAAUGGCAACGUUAGCCCUAGACAAACAGACAAACUUUGCCACUUUUUAUAUAGAUUGUGAAAAAACACAGGCAAACAAUCCAAAACCGCAGGCAAUCUCGUAAACGUGAAACUAGCAAAAGGUCGGACGAGGCACAAACAGGCUAAAUCGAGCAAAGACAAAAAUUGAAACUAAGAACAGGAAACAGGAUCGGAAACCUAGGGAAUCUACACGGGAGAAUAAGACUCGAUAACGCGCACUGAUGUGGUGUAAUACUUCACACUGGAUGUCCAUUUUCUCAGUCUUUAUAUAGGCAUGCUGAUGCCUCUUGAUUACGUGCAUUUGAGCCUCAUUAACGGCGUGCAUCCAAGAGUCGGCUCGGUGCACGUGCGCAGUCCAGCGCGCAUGCACGCUGUUAAUGAGGCUUACCUGCACAUGAUCAAGAGGCAUCAGUGUGCUUAUACAAAGAGUAUAGAUUUCCUACGCAAUUUGGUCUAAUAAAAACAAUCUCUCCCCACAAGCAGCCCUAGCCGAUUCCCAUAGUUUCCGCUUUCGUUUUCAUUUUGCUUUGGUCAGAUUCCAUUGAGAAUUCCUCCUUUUUUCAAACAAACAUACAUGAAAUAUAAAAUAAUUGUGCAUAUGAAAAAGGCUUUGGAUGAAAUGGUCGUUGGACAAAAUGACCUGUAUCCACCUACACUGCCUGGCCAUUUUAUCAGCUCUACCUAGCAUAUAGGUCACUUUGUAAUUAUUGACUGUAUGUAGUCCAUCUGUUGCUCAACCCUAUCAUUAAAUCUCUAUUAUAAACCUGGGAAAA